UUUAAAUCAAUUACUUCACCAAUUUCAGGUUGAGUAAUGCAAUUGAUCAGCUUAUGAGGCUUUGAACAAUUCAAUCAAUGCAACAAAAGUUUCAAUCAGCUUAUUAAGAAUAUGUAUGCAAGUUUUAACGAGGCUAUAAUGAGAACGUGACAUGUUUGGCUUCAGCCACAAGCAUUCUACAAAUAAAGACAGUUUUGGACUAGAGCAACCUGAUUGGCUAAUAUGUCCACCAAUGGCGUGUCUAAAGAUGUUUUCCACCUGUUGUACCAAUCAGAUGACGAUGAAGAGGAAUUCGAGCUGCUCAAUAAUCAGUCGCAGUACACUAAAAGACCUCUUAUUAAAAAUAAUAAUGAUAGCAAAAUUUUCGUCCAAAAUAAUGAUAAAAGAAAGUUUAAAUCGAGACCUGAAGAACAUCCAGUUAUAUCACACGAUCCGAAGUUCCAAGAUUCCAUCACAGUCGCUUCCAGAAACGGAGUCGUCCAGAUCCCGAAAGGUGCGGUGCCACCCUCGAUGGUACGCAGUAGAUCCUCGGGAAAAGUUGCCGAGACUAGUUUCUUCGGCUCGGGUUCCUCGGAGCUGUCUGUUGGGAGUUCGGCAUUCGGAGUCAAGAUAUCGAAGGAGGUGUUGGCGGAAGCGGAGGAGGCAGGGGAGGAGAACUUCGUGUAUAAGAAGAUGCAAACAGGAGACACAAUUCAGGGCAUUGCACUACAGUACCACACUACUAUAGCGGAGAUCAAGCGACUGAAUGGUUUGAUUUCGGACCAGGACCUGUUUGGUCUGAAGCACAUCAAAGUGCCCACCAGCAAACACAGUGUGCUGCACGAGACCCAUUCUUCAGUCAUCCUCCCCUCGCCCACCCCAUCACUCGAAGGUGCUAUGUCAGUAGAUCAUCUUGGCCUAUCUACACGCAGCAGUGACACUAGUGGAAUAGGGGCUGAUGUGAGGAGUGGUCGAUUGAAGAGUGAGUCUGGCAGCAGUGACCACCUCAACAAUCCCGCCAAGUGGCUGGAGAGCAGAACUAUAUCUAUCAACCAGGCCAUGACCAUAUCAGCAGACCUUCUGCAGUCAGACCUGUCUGAAAUGUGUUCACACGCAUUCUCAAGGGCAUCCUCAGUUCAGGUCAUCCAGAAGUCAAGGUCAGACGCAGUCAAGCCGUCUGGUGCUGAUUGGGGCAUUCGGUGGCAACAUGCAGUGUGCCUCAUGAUUCUAGUCUGUGUGGCUGCUCCUGUUGUGUACUUUUUGUACAGAUUCGAAGACGACAAGCCGAGAGACUCAAAACUGAAUGUGAUUAGUAAUACAUAAUCAACCAGUAGUCACUUCUAACUUCUAUGUUAUCACACAACACAAAAGGGCUGGCUGUGGCAAAUAGAAUUAUUUAAAGUUUUUUGAAAGACCGAUAAACAUGCUUAUCCCGAGAUUCUGAAUGUUCACUUAUGGAACCAAUUGAGGACGAAAUAUAAUUUUUGAAGAUAUUAGUAGGCUUUUUGCUAGAGCCAGAAACUGCAGUUUUUUGUUCUGUAGUUAAUGGCGUAACAGCUUUAUGCGGUUGACAAGGGGCCAAACUAGGUGCAGAAUGGUUGGUCGAUAUCAAGUUCAUUCUUAUUGUAAUCUUUUGUAGAUAUAUUUAAAUUGUUUUAUUAAAUUUAUCAUUUUCUGUGGUGUAAUUUGUUUACUUGAGGUAUGCUGGUAACCGCAAACUAUUUUGGUGCAAGACUUGAAAUUUAAUUUAGCCAGAA